AUGUCCGACACCAAGGAAAGCCUCAAGGAGGCCGAACUCGCCAAGUCCUCCGUCAGCGGCGACAACGUCUCCAGCUCCAACGUCGACACCGCCUGGAAGUUCCUCGACGCGAAUCGCGAUGUCGCCGAGGCCACUGCCUCCGAGUCGGAGCUCAAGGCUCUGCGUCGCAAGAUCGAUUGGCACAUUGUCCCCAUCAUGUUCUGCUGUUAUACGAUGCAGUUCCUCGAUAAGGUUAUUCUCAAUUAUGCCGCCGUUAUGGGUAUCCACGCAGAGCUGAAGCUUCAGGGGAAUGACUUCUCAAACAUCGCCACAUUCCUCUUCGUCGCCCUGCUUUGCUUCGAGGUUCCCAACAUCUACUGCCUUCAGAAGGUCCCGGCCGCAAAGUGGCUCGGCUGCAAUGUUAUCCUUUGGGGUGUCGCCACCGCUUCCGGUGCCGCCGCCCACAAUUACCAGACUCUCCUCGUCUCCCGUGUGUUCCUUGGUAUCUUCGAAGCUACCAUUGCACCCUCUCUGCUCCUCAUCAGCAGCCAGUGGUACACCAAGUCCGAAGCGGCUCCCCGCUUCUCCUUCUGGUAUCUCGGUCUCGGUCUCGGCCAGAUCAUUGGUGGCGCCGUGUCGUACGGCUUCCAGCACGUCAGCAAGAACGCCGCGCUCUCGGGCUGGAGGAUCAUGUUCGUGGUGCUCGGUUGCUUGACCAUCACCAUUGGUCUCUGGACCUUCUUCUUCCUCCCCGAUACCCCCAUGAAGGCUAGGUGGUUGAGCAGCGAGGAAAAGGUUAAGCUCCUCAAGCACGUCAGCGUCAACCAGACCGGCAUCGAGAACAGGAAGUUCCGACCCAAGGAGAUCUUCGAGGCCCUCAUGGACCCCCAGCUCUAUCUGCUCCUCCUGGCCGUCAUUCUUCUCUCCGUCUCUAGCGGCGUCGUCACUACCUACUCCGCCACGCUGAUCAAGAACAUUGUCAACGACCCUAAGAGAGCCGCUCUCAUGAACAUGCCCUCGGGUGCCGUCAGCAUCUUCUUCACCCUCUUUGUUGGUUUCGCCAUCCGCAGCCAGUCCCACCGCUGGCUCUGGAUUAUCUGCUGCAUCAUUCCAGCCAUUAUUGGCGGUGCCUUGAUGUCCUUCCUGCCCACCACCAACAAGGCCGGUGUCCUCGCUGGUAUCUACCUCGUCAACGCUGUCGUCGCCCCGCUUGCAGUCUUCUACAACUGGACAUCUGCCAACUUCGGCGGUGCUACCAAGCGUGCCUUUGCCGCCGCGCUCCUCAGCGGUUCCUUCUCCAUCGGAAACAUCAUUGGACCUCAGACUUUCCAGGCCCGCGACGCGCCCGAAUACCGCCCUGCCAAGAUUGCUGUUAUGGGUACGCAGGCUGGAUGCGCCUUGGUCACUUUCAUCCUCUUCCUCUACUACGUCUGGCAGAACAAGAAGCGGGGUGCCAUCCAGGAGAAUGAGGAUGAGUACCUGUCGCCCGAGGUCUGGGCCAACAUGACGGAUCGCGAGAACAAGAAGUUCAGGUAUUCGUACUAA